AUGAGUGACAAUAUCCACACGUUAAGGAAUAGUUCGGGUAGAGGAAGAAAUGACAACAGCCCGCUGCAGGUUUUGUUUGGAAUUCCGAUCGUGACACGCUACCUGAUCUCGAGCGCCGUAGUGAUGACGCUGCUAAUCCGGUUACGGAUUGUGAAGACUGGAGCGCUAUUGUACCAGUUCAACGAGGUGGCGGGCCACUUGCAGGUUUGGAGGCCGUUCACUUCAUGUUUGAUUCUUCCCUUCGAAGCGCUACCCGCCAUGCUGGAGCUCUACACCAUUUAUUCGUGCUCUUCGGACUUGGAGUCGCGCAGGAAGCCGCUGGAUUACCUGUUUUACUUGGUCUUCUGCGUGACGACCAUCUCGUUGACACUGACGCUGCUCUGCGGCGCUAGCGAAUCGAUGGUUCUCACAAGCGGCAUCGUAUCGUGUCUCACUUUCACCUGGUCCAUGGACAACUCGAACGUGAAAGUGUUGUUCUACGGCCUGUUCCCCGUCUGGGGUAAAUACUACCCCAUACUGCAGCUGUUCAUGGCCUUUGCCUUUGGGAACCGUGAUUACGUCGUCUGUCUGGUCGGCUUUCUGACAGGCUAUCUCUAUGCGUGCCUGGAUACGGGUACGCUGGGGCCGUUCUACGGCUGGCUCGUCCGCUCGCCAAACGAAUACUACGGUAUUUUCCCCAACGGCAAGUUCGGAGCACCACAAUUCAUCAAAAGCCUACUACAAGAGUCCCAGGACCUGAGAAAUGCCAAGUCAAGCGGUCGCCCUCGAGGCGGUCAGAAACUAGGCUUCAAGGAUACCCCAGGUCCGUCAUCUGCCACAACGUCCGCUUACACUGCAUCGCCCUCGUCAUCCACAACCCAACGUGCCGCCAAUACAGCUACCAACCAUCGACCAGCGUUCUUCCCUGGGAACGGUCAGCGACUCGGUAGCUAA